GGAUUACAGGUGUGAGCCACCGCACCUGCCUGUUGCCUUGUUUUUGUUCAUGUUAUUUAUUUCAGCUGUCAAUUUCCCUGUUGAAAUUGCUUGCAUCCAUAAAAAUCACAUCUUCAUUUUAAAUGUGUUAAUUCCCCAAGUGAGAUUUUUCUGUUCCCAUGAGGCCUUUUAGUUUAUGUGUUGGCCUAUUACAUAGUAUGAGAAAUUAAUCCAUUCUUUGGGAUUUGAAAAGAAUGAAAAGCUAAUGCAUACAGAUGGAGACCUGGUGUGAGGCUGGGAAGGAGGAGGCAUUGCAGUUCCAGGGAAUAAAGCAUUGUUUAGGAAAGACCCAAAGUCAGAGCUGCCAAAGCACUGGGGAUAGGAGAAAUUAAGUGGCAGGUUCCAGUCUGAGUUCAGAAAAAUUACUAUGCUGAGGCAUUUGGCUAGAAUUUUCUACUGAAAUGUAAGUACUGUAAUUGUGGGCAAGAAUCUUCUCUAUCUCUUUCACUACAUGAAAUGAGUAUUUAUUGCACUGAGAAGUUUCUGAACAAUAGAAUGACAUCACAUGAGUUUUAGCCAAUGGCCUGCAGAGAACCAGACUGGAGGAAAAAGCCUGGUUAUGAAGUCCAUUUGGGCAGCGUCAGUGGGGAAAAAAUGCAGCUGGCGCUCUUCAAAAAUAUGAAGAGCUGGCGUUUCAUAUUGAAAAGCGGCUCACUCUUCCCUUCUUUGGAAUAUUCACACAUCUGGCUACUUUUGAAAAAAUAUUAGAAACAGGUUUGGUAAAUAUGAAUAUAUAUUUGGGCGUGUAUAUAGAUUUUAAUUCAGAAAGUAUUACACAUUCGCUUUUGAAGGGACCUAGGAAGCCCCGAAAGAUGGCGGAUGCCUGUAAGCCCAGCUACUCAGGAAAUUGAGGAGGGAGGAUCGCUUGAACCCAGGAGUUCGAGACCAGCCUGGGCAGAAUAGUGAGCACCCCCGUCUCAAAAACAAAAGCAUCUGGGAAGUGUCUGGUGCAGAAGAGCACAUGCUGACUGUGAAUAAGUGUGUCAGUUCUUAAGGUCCAUCAACACAAAAGCGAAAAGUUAGUGGAGGACUGCGAGCGCGAUCGCGACAGAGGGCGCUGGGUGGUCAGUGGCUCCAGCAACCACGCGGCUGGGAGCGCCGCGAAGGGAGCUGGAUAUUUUAGUCUCGGGGCACCCGCUGCGGGCUCUUAGUGUUCUGGACGCUGAACACCGAGAGCACCCCGGGCUCCGGGGCCUCCGGAGAACGCUGCCCCAUGAACGCGCGGGGAGCGGCCCCCGGCGUCCGCGCGUACCCGGCAACUCCCGGCGUCCCAACGGCUUCAGCUGGCAACCCCGAAGCCGCACCAUGUUCCGCCUCUGGUUGCUGCUGGCCCGGCUCUGCGGCCUCCUGGCGUCAAGACCCGGUUUUCAAAAUUCACUUCUACAAAUCGUAAUUCCAGAGAAAAUCCAAACAAAUACAAGUGACAGUUCAGAAACAGAAUAUGAACAAAUAUCCUAUAUUAUUCCAAUAGAUGAGAAACCGUACACUGUGCACCUUAAACAGAGGUCUUCUACAGAGCCCACUGCUUGGUCUGCAUCAAGACUUGUGGAGGAUGAGCCCUUGCUUCUUAGUUCCCACCACACAGCCCUUCAGCAUGACAAAGUCAUUGGUCACUUCACCAUAGUGGACAAAGCCACCCAGAGGGUUGAUGCUCUUGUCAGACAGGUCAUAGUCAGUGGAGGCGUUGAUCAAUUUGCCAUCCUUGAUGAAGUAGCCCUGACUGAUCUUAUAGAUCUUCUUGUUGAACUCAGUGCAGUGAUGGUAGCCUUUCUGUCCAGUACAUGCCACAGAGAAGGUCAUGUGGGCAGAAUGCCAUGCUCCAAUAUAGGCAACCUUGCACAGCCCUUAGUGGGUCUUGUAGGGCAGUUUGUUGGUAUACCAAUGACUGGUGACUUCUUUGUAGCCUUUGCCCUUGGUCACCCAUUUGAUGUCAAUCAUCUUGUCCUGCCCAAACACUUGUUUCACAGGAAGCAGGUGCAUCUGGGUGUAGGUAUUGAUGCGGAUGACUUGGCAGUACUUCUUCAUGCUGUUGAAGUCCUUCUCCAGCUGCUUCUUGUCAUCUUCACCCUGCCAUUUCUUGCAGUACUUGGUAAAGGCCUUCUACUUAGCUUUAUGCCAGUUCCUAUAGAAGCGCCUUUUGCACUCAUUGCUAAUGUGCUCAACAAAGAUGGUCUUGGAAAUUCAGAGGCCUUGAGGGGUUUCCAUAUAGCCCAGGAUGCCUACAACCCCUAUGGGCAGUGUCUCCACAAUGGUCACAGCCUCUACCACUUCCUUCCUUCAGAACCAGCUGUUCCAGAUUUAUUUCCUCUUUAUCUGGAAAUGCAUAUCGUGGUGGACAAAGCUUUGUAUGAUUACUGGGGCUCUGAUAGCAUGAUAGUGACAAAUAAAGUCAUUGAAAUUGUUGGCCUUGCAAAUUCAAUGUUUGCCCAAUUUAAAGUUACUAUUGUGCUGUCAUCAUUGGAGGUUUGGUCAGAUGAAAAUAAGAUUUCUACAGUUGGUGAGGCAGAUGAAUUAUUGAAAAGAUUUUUAGAAUGGAAACAAUCUUAUCUUAACCUAAGGCCUCAUGAUAUUGCAUAUCUACUAAUUUAUAGGGAUUAUCCUGAUUAUGUGGGAGCAACGUUUCCUAGAAAGAUGUGUAUUACUCGUUAUUCUGCAGGAGUUGCACUGUACCCCAAGGAGAUAACUCUGGAGGCAUUUUCAGUUAUUGUCACCCAGAUGCUGGCACUCAGUCUGGGAAUAUCAUAUGAUGAUCCAAAGAAAUGUCGAUGUUCAGAAUCCAUCUGCAUAAUGAAUCCAGAAGCUUUGCAAUCCAAUGGUGUGAAGACUUUUAGCAGUUGCAGUUUGAGGAGCUUUCAAAAUUUCAUUUCAAAUGUGGGUGCCAAAUGUCUUCAGAAUAAGCCACAAAUGCAAAAAAAAUCUCCAAAACCAGUCUGUGGCAAUGGCAGAUUGGAGGGAAGUGAAAUCUGUGAUUGUGGUACUGAAGCUCAAUGUGGACCUGCAAGCUGUUGUGACUUUCGAACUUGUGUGCUGAAAGACGGAGCACAAUGUUAUAGAGGAUCAUGCUGCAGAGACUGUCAAAUUUUACAAUCAGGUGUUGAAUGUAGGCCGAAAGCACAUCCUGAAUGUGACAUUGCUGAAAAUUGUAAUGGAAGCUCACCAGAGUGUGGUCCUGACAUAACUUUAUUCAAUGGACUUCCAUGCAAAAAUAGCAAGUUUAUUUGUUAUGAUGGAGACUGCCAUGAUCUUGAUGCACGUUGUGAGAGUGUAUUUGGAAAAGGUUCAAGAAAUGCUCCAUUUGCCUGCUAUGAAGAAAUACAAUCUCAAGCAGACAGAUUUGGGAACUGUGGCAGGGAUAGAAAUAACAAAUAUGUGUUCUGUGGAUGGAGGAAUCUUAUAUGUGGAAGAUUAGUUUGUACCUACCCUACUCGAAAGCCUUUCCAUCAAGAAAAUGGUGAUGUGAUUUAUGCUUUCGUACGAGAUUCUGUGUGCGUAACUGUAGACUACAAAUUGCCUCGAACAGUUCCAGAUCCACUGGCUGUCAAAAAUGGCUCUCAGUGUGAUGUUGGGAGGAUUUGUGUAAAUCGUGAAUGUGUAGAAUCAAGGAAAAUUAAGGCUACAGCACUUGUUUGUUCUGAACAUAUUUGUUCUGGACAUGGAGUGUGUGAUUCCAGACAAAAGUGCAUUUGUUCACCAGGCUAUAAUCCUCCAAGCUGCCAAACACGUUCCAAAGGUUUUCCCAUAUUUCCUAAGGAAGACAUGGAUUCUAUCAUGAAAAGAGCAUUUGGGAAGACUGAAAACACCUGGCUUCUAGGUUUCUCCGUUGUUCUUCCUAUUCUCAUUGUAACAACCAUAGUAGUUUUGGCAAGGAAGCAUUUGAAAAAGUGGUUCAUCAAGGAAGAGGAAUUCCCAAGUAGCGAGUAAAUUCCAUUUGGUGUUCUGAAGUUAAACAUUAGUACCAUUUGAAUCUAGUUAUAUGUAAGACAAUAUCAUGAGCAGCAACAAUACUUUACAUAUCACUGGGAUUUUGAGUAUUACAUCAAUAUGUCAUUUAAUUUUAUGAGGUAGUUGUGAAUACCCCUGUUUUGAAGACACAAAGAUUUGGAAGUGUAGUUUACAUAGCUUGCCAAAGUCAUUGAACUGUCAGUUGAGAGAGGAAGAACUCAAAUAUAUAAUAUCUGUUCUUUUCUUAUCGAAGGGGGAUGAUCUGUAUCAUCUACAACAGAAGUAUUUAUUAAAAAUGCAGAUUUCUGGGCCUUACUAUAGACUAAAUAUUUUAAUUCACAUUGCUGGCUCAUAAAAGAAAUAAUUUUAAAAAUAUUCUUUGGGUUAAAUUUUCAGAAGGGAAAUUUAUAAUUUAGAUUAUUACAUUUUUAUUUUUCAAGAAAUAAUUCAAACACUAAGAGAAUAACAUGACAAACAUCCUCUUGCCACCAUGGGAAAUAAACAGAUGUUAAUAUUUUUCUUGUUUCUCUUAUAAAAGAAGCCGUUGUAUUUGCAGCCGCAAUUUCUUCUGGUAUGAUCCCCUUGCCUCCUGGUAGAGGAUGUCUACACUGAAUGUUUGUGUAUUUUACAUGUUUUUAAUACAUAUGGCAUUAUCCAUAUCCCAUAAGCUACCUAGUAUUGUUUUAUGUAUAAUUUUAAAUAGCUAUACUUUCUCUGCAGAUGCAUUUCCUUAUCAAUUUUGGUUUGUUUGUUUUGUCUUUUUUUUUUUUUCUUUUUCAUGAGCAGUCCGCUCAGAGUUAUUUUUAUUUUAUUAGUAAUUUGAAAUAUGUAACUUUCAGUUUCAUUGAGGUCUCUAUUUCUAUUGUUUUUUAUAUCAAGUUUUGCUCUUUUUCCUCCUUUCUGGUCUUUUUACCUUUGCUCUGUUGUAACUCUAGAUUUCUUGAUUUUAAUGCUUUCUUUAUUAAUUUUUAGCCUUUCUUAUUUUCUAAAAUAAGAAAUACUUUAAUAGCAAAAAUCUUCUCCUUGUAUCUGUCAUUUUCUUUAUACUCUCCGGUUUUUAAAUGAUAGUCGACAUUCAGUUAAAAAAUUUGAAAAAUCUAGCAGGAUUUCUUGUUUAAAUAAUGAAUCAAUUGUGGUCUUUAGUUUUCAAUUAUGUGAUUUAUUUUCAUUGUUUUAAAAAUAAUUUUCUAAUUUUAUUAGCUUAUUUUGAGAAACUUGUCUGUGCGAUUUAGACUCUUCAAUGUUGGAACAAAAAAUGAAGUAAAUUUUUAGAAAUGUGUAAGCUUGAUAUGCGUCCUCCAAUGUUUUUAGGACAAACUUUUAAAUUGUGAUGUUUCAAACCAUUUUUAUACAUACUGUUUUUUUUUUUCUUUCCUGUCUGUUUGAUACUUUGUCUUCUGUGAGAGGCAAACUAAAAUUUUCAGUGGAUUGUAGCUUUCCCUCUGAUUGUUGAAACUUUCGCUUUAGAUAUUCCGAGGCAGUGACUAAAUGCAUAAUGUUUAUUUUAGUUAAAUUUUCUUUUCCUUUAAUCAUUAUUUAUCGUAUGUUAAAUACAAUUUUCACUGUUUUAGAUUGCUAUGUCAACUUUCUCUUUAAAAAUGACGUUUACUUGGUACAUCUUUUUUUGUUUUUUUUCUCAAUCUGUCUUUGCAUUUAGCUGGUAUAAACAGUCUUUAUAUGAAAUGCACUAGUGGAGUUUGUUAUGCUCAUAUGCUUAAUCCGUGAUGACAUAUGUUUAGGCUGAAAUUUGCCGUCCUAUUUUUUUUCCUGUUUACCAUGCUUUUUUGGUAUUUUUUUCUUCUUUUUCUAUAAUCUAUUUUCUUUGUUUCACUU